UGUGAAUUAAAUCAAACUUCUCGUAUAGCCCUGGUAUGAUUCAUGCAUGACUUCUGCGCUUUAUAUUGUUUUAGAAUCAACAAAAUCCUUGAAAUCCAUCCAUUAUCUGCAACGCGAUUUUUGACGAAAACGUUUCUCGUUCUCGCGUAACAUUAUACGCCAUUCAUUAAAAAAAAUCUCCGUAUUGAAAACAACAAAAUCAUGUUGUCCGAGUGCGUAAAAAUGAUUUGAUUUUGUUGUUCUCUUUAAACUUGAGUAAUCAGUUCGUAGGCAAGUAUAUAUAAACUCAAAACAGAUUCGUAUUAAUAAUUAUUGUUAAUUCUGUUUCCCCGGCAACACGUGCUGUCUUACUUCUUGUGAAUAUAAGUGUGUGAACGAUAAUAAUACAGGGAUUUAGUGGUUAGGUUUUUUUAUAGGGGUCAUUUGACAAAUUGUUUUGGGUUAAUAAAAUAUGGCUUUAACCAAUGGGGAUGUUAUGGCAGAUAUGGAGGAACUAAAUGAUGGAUUGUCUGCUAGAACUAUGAUUGAAUCCGGCAAUGGACUCACUUACAAUGAUUUUAUCAUACUACCAGGUUACAUAGAUUUUACCCCCAAGGAAGUGGACUUAUCCUGCCAAUUAACCAAAAAAAUAUGGCUGAAAACACCCUUAGUUUCAUCCCCAAUGGACACUGUUACAGAAGCAGACAUGGCCAUUGCUUUAGCAUUAUGCGGUGGUAUUGGGAUCAUCCAUCACAACUGCCUACCGGAGUACCAAGCCAACGAAGUUCAAAAAGUGAAAAAGUAUAAACAUGGUUUCAUCAGGGACCCGAUUGUUUUGGGGCCCAAUAACACCGUCCUGGACGUUCUUGACAUAAAAGAAAAACAUGGUUUCUGCGGAAUACCGAUUACGGAAAACGGAGUACUGGGUGGAAAACUCUUGGGCAUGGUCACGUCAAGAGAUAUCGACUUUCUUGAAACUAACAAUUUAAAAAACACCAAACUGGAAAACAUUAUGACCAAACUGGGGGAGCUUGUGACCGCACCUUCAGAGGUGACCUUAAGCGAAGCAAACUCCAUUCUGGAGAAAAGUAAAAAGGGAAAGUUGCCCAUUGUGAAUCCUGAUGGGAAUCUUGUCGCCUUGAUCGCUAGGACCGACUUGAAAAAGGCCAAGAGCUAUCCUAUUGCUUCCAAAGAUGGCAAUAAGCAGCUUCUCGUCGGGGCAGCUAUAGGAACCAGAGAAGAAGACAAACAAAGGCUGGCCUUGUUAGCUCAAGCAGGCGUAGACGUGAUCGUCCUGGAUUCUUCACAAGGCAAUUCUAUUUAUCAAAUAAACAUGAUAAAACACAUUAAAUUCACUUAUCCGGAAAUACAAGUGAUUGCCGGAAAUGUCGUGACAAGAAAGCAAGCAAAAACCUUAAUAGACGCAGGCACUGACGGGUUAAGAGUAGGCAUGGGCAGCGGCAGCAUUUGUAUCACCCAAGAAGUGAUGGCCGUCGGUCGGCCUCAAGCAACAGCCGUUUAUAAAGUGGCGGACUAUGCCAGGAGGUUUGGAGUGCCUAUUAUCGCUGAUGGGGGUAUUAGUUCAACUGGUGGCAUAAUCAAAGCGUUAGCGCUCGGUGCAUCAGCAGUAAUGAUGGGGUCAAUGUUGGCCGGAACAACGGAGGCACCGGGAGAAUACUUUUACGCUGACGGCGUCAGACUAAAAAAAUACAGGGGAAUGGGUAGUAUCGAAGCGAUGACCAGAAAGGACGCAGUUGGAUCUGCCAUGAGUAGAUAUUUCCAUAGUGAAGGGGAUCAACUUAAGGUAGCACAGGGUGUGAGCGGAAGUAUUGUGGAUAAAGGUUCAGUAUUGACUUACGUUCCGUAUUUGAUCACGGGCAUUAAGCACGGUUGUCAGGAUAUUGGAGCCAAAUCUUUAAGUAAACUCAGGGAAUUAAUGUACUCAGAUGAACUAAGAUUCGAAUUGCGAUCACAUUCGGCCCAACAAGAAGGCAGCGUUCACAGCCUGUUUUCAUAUGAAAAACGAUUAUUUUAAGCAUCUGAAAUCCAAGCAGUUUGUUAAUUAUUAUAAAUAAUAAAUUUACAUGUAUUUAAGUAAA